GCCCCAGGCCGGGAGGAGGAGGAGGCUGCAGUUGGAGUCCCGAGAGCGCUGGCGGCCGCGGAUUCUCAGAGGAGCAAGUGUCUGAGGCUUAGAGUCCGCAGCGGCGGCGGCGGCGGCCACGGCGGCGGCUGGGGCCGAGAUACAGAAUUAACACUUGGAAUCUGGAGAAGCAUUUUGUACACAUUGAAAGAUUGGGCAUUAUCUUUAGUUUUCCAGAUGUAUUGUCUCAUCUGCACACUUGAAACAUCCACAGUCACAUAAACUCCAGAUAUAACCAUGGAGUUAUGUGACCCAUCAAGAUUUAGGAAAAGUAUUGCCACGCUUUGGAACCAGGCAAUUUUCCACCAGUUCAACAAUUAAACUAAUAUAUUUUCUGCUGAUAAUCAAGAGUAAAGAGCUAAAUAAAGUCAUGCACAUUCGAUUGGCAAAUGGCAUCUCUGGCUGUUGAGUUUUACUGUAACUGGUUACUGUAUCAUUCAGAGUCAACUUAAUAUGCAAGUUAUGUCCUAAUGGAUGUAAAGACCUGUGUUGACGUAUCCAGGAUCUAGCAAAUGUUGAAGAUAAGAAACCUAUUAUGACUAAUCCUUGGGAAGAGAAAGUCUGCAAAAUGGCUCAAACGAGUUUACUGCAGGGGAAGCAGUUUUACUGUAGGGAGUGGGUUUUCCACAAGCUUCAGCAUUGCCUCCAGGAGAAAACUAACUGCUGCAAUAGUGCUGUCAACACACCAUCCCUUGUAAUGAAUUCUGGGAAUAAUGCUAGUGUUGUCUCUGGAAAAGGAGCUGCCUGGGGUGUGUUGUUGGUAGGAGGGCCUGGCAGUGGCAAGACAGCCCUAUGUACUGAGCUGUUGUGGCCAAGUUCACCUACGAGCUUGCAGAGAGGUUUACAUCGCCAGGCUUUGGCCUUUCAUUUCUGCAAAGCCCAGGACUCUGAUACUUUGUGUGUUGGAGGGUUUAUUAGAGGUCUAGUUGCCCAGAUCUGCCGCAGUGGACUACUCCAAGGAUAUGAGGAUAAGCUAAGGGAUCCAGCAGUCCAAAGCCUGUUACAGCCUGGAGAAUGUGAAAGGAACCCAGCUGAAGCAUUUAAAAGGUGUGUUCUACUCCCUCUUUUGGGAAUGAAGCCUCCCCAACAAAGCCUGUAUCUACUUGUUGACUCUGUGGAUGAAGGGUGUAACAUUACCGAAGGUGAACAAACAUCUACCAGCUUAUCUGGAACUGUCGCGGAGCUCUUAGCUGGUCACCAUGAGUUCUUUCCACCAUGGCUAUUGCUUCUGUGUUCUGCCCGAAAACAGAGUAAGGCUGUUACUAAAAUGUUUACUGGUUUUCGAAAAAUAAGUUUAGAUGACCUUCGGAAGGCAUACAUCGUUAAGGAUGUUCAGCAGUACAUCCUUCAUCGUUUAGAUCAAGAAGAAGCUUUGCGACAACAUCUCACUAAAGAAACUGCAGAGAUGUUAAAUCAACUUCACAUUAAAAGCAGUGGAUGCUUUCUUUAUCUAGAACGAGUUCUAGACGGAGUUGUAGAAAAUUUCAUUAUGUUAAGAGAGAUUCGUGACAUCCCAGGAACUCUUAAUGGUCUGUAUCUCUGGCUGUGUCAGAGACUUUUUGUAAGAAAACAGUUUGCAAAAGUCCAGCCCAUUUUGAAUGUGAUUCUUGCAGCCUGCCGGCCUUUGACCAUAACAGAAUUGUAUCAUGCAGUCUGGACUAAAAAUAUGUCAUUAACCUUGGAAGACUUUCAACGUAAGUUAGAUGUCCUCUCCAAACUUCUUGUUGAUGGACUAGGAAAUACUAAAAUACUGUUUCACUAUAGUUUUGCAGAGUGGCUUCUGGAUGUGAAACACUGCACUCAGAAGUAUUUAUGUAAUGCAGCAGAAGGACACAGAAUGUUGGCUAUGAGUUAUACCUGUCAAGCCAAGAAUUUAACACCAUUGGAAGCACAAGAAUUUGCAUUGCAUUUAAUUAAUUCAAACUUGCAGUUAGAGACAGCUGAGUUAGCUCUCUGGAUGAUAUGGAAUGGUACACCUGUCAGAGAUUCUCUGUCUACUUUAAUACCCAAGGAACAAGAAGUGCUACAGCUGUUGGUUAAAGCUGGUGCGCACGUCAACAGUGAAGAUGACCGCACAUCAUGCAUAGUCCGACAAGCCUUAGAAAGAGAGGAUUCCAUUCGGACAUUAUUAGAUAAUGGAGCUUCAGUAAAUCAAUGUGAUUCAAAUGGGAGAACAUUAUUGGCUAAUGCUGCAUACAGUGGCAAUCUUGAUGUCGUGAAUUUACUUGUCUCCAGGGGAGCAGAUUUAGAGAUAGAAGAUGCUCAUGGACAUACACCACUUACCCUAGCUGCUAGACAAGGACAUACCAAGGUGGUUAAUUGUUUGAUCGGGUGUGGAGCAAACAUUAAUCAUACUGAUCAAGAUGGUUGGACAGCAUUAAGAUCUGCUGCUUGGGGUGGCCAUACGGAGGUAGUUUCUGCACUACUUUAUGCUGGCGUAAAAGUGGAUUGUGCAGAUGCUGAUAGCCGAACAGCCUUGAGAGCAGCAGCGUGGGGAGGUCACGAGGAUAUUGUACUGAAUUUGCUACAACAUGGUGCUGAAGUCAACAAAGCUGAUAAUGAAGGUCGAACUGCAUUGAUAGCAGCAGCCUACAUGGGACAUAGAGAAAUUGUGGAACACCUGCUGGACCACGGAGCAGAAGUGAAUCAUGAGGAUGUCGACGGCAGGACCGCUCUCUCUGUAGCUGCACUUUGUGUGCCUGCAAGUAAAGGACAUGCAUCGGUUGUCAGUCUUUUAAUUGACCGAGGUGCUGAAGUAGAUCAUUGUGAUAAAGAUGGCAUGACUCCGUUGCUGGUAGCUGCUUAUGAAGGACAUGUCGAUGUGGUUGACUUGCUUCUAGAAGGGGGAGCAGAUGUAGACCAUACAGAUAACAACGGUCGCACACCCCUCCUAGCAGCAGCUUCUAUGGGCCAUGCGUCAGUUGUAAACACACUUUUGUUUUGGGGUGCAGCAGUGGAUAGCAUUGACAGCGAGGGCAGGACAGUCCUCAGCAUAGCUUCAGCCCAAGGAAAUGUGGAGGUAGUACGUACCUUACUGGAUAGAGGGUUAGAUGAAAAUCACAGAGAUGAUGCUGGAUGGACACCUUUGCAUAUGGCAGCUUUUGAAGGUCACAGAUUAAUAUGUGAAGCACUUAUUGAACAAGGUGCUAGAACAAAUGAGAUCGAUAAUGAUGGACGAAUACCUUUCAUACUAGCUUCGCAAGAGGGUCAUUAUGAUUGUGUUCAAAUCUUAUUGGAAAAUAAAUCCAACGUUGAUCAGAGAGGUUAUGAUGGAAGAAAUGCGCUGCGUGUUGCUGCGUUAGAAGGGCAUAGGGACAUUGUUGAAUUACUUUUUAGCCACGGAGCUGACGUUAACUACAAAGAUGCUGAUGGUAGGCCUACACUUUAUAUUUUGGCCUUAGAAAACCAACUUACGAUGGCUGAGUAUUUUUUAGAAAAUGGUGCAAAUGUAGAAGCAAGCGAUGCCGAAGGAAGGACAGCACUUCAUGUUUCCUGCUGGCAAGGCCAUUUGGAAAUGGUGCAGGUUCUGAUAACCUACCAUGCUGACAUCAACGCUGCAGACAAUGAAAAGCGGUCUGCCUUGCAGUCUGCAGCUUGGCAGGGCCACGUAAAAGUGGUUCAGCUUCUGAUUGAGCAUGGUGCCAUAGUUGACCAUACGUGCAAUCAAGGUGCGACUGCCCUCUGUAUUGCAGCCCAGGAAGGGCACAUUGAUGUUGUGCAGGUUUUGUUAGAGCACGGUGCUGAUCCAAACCAUGCCGAUCAAUUUGGACGCACUGCUAUGCGGGUUGCAGCCAAAAACGGACAUUCUCAAAUAAUUAAAUUAUUAGAAAAAUAUGGUGCAUCUACUUUGAAUGGCUGUUCCCCGUCUCCUGUUCAUACAAUGGAGCAAAAACCUCUACAAUCGGCGUCUUCAAAAAUGCAGUCAUUAACAAUUAAAUCAAAUAGUUCUGGCAGUACUGGUGGAGGGGAUGUGCAGCCUUCACUGCGUGGUUUACCUAAUGGGCCAGCUCAUGCAUUCAGUUCUCCUUCGGAAUCUCCAGAUUCUACAGUCGAUCGUCAGAAGUCGUCAUUGUCAAAUAAUUCCCUGAAAAGCUCAAAAAACUCAUCUUUGAGAACUACUUCAUCUACAGCAACAGCCCAAACAGUGCCAAUUGAUAGCUUUCAUAACCUGUCAUUUACAGAACAAAUUCAGCAGCAUUCAUUGCCGCGCAGUAGAAGUCGACAGUCCAUCGUUUCCCCGUCUUCCACAACACAGUCCCUGGGACAGAGCCAUAAUUCACCGAGUAGUGAAUUUGAGUGGAGUCAAGUAAAACCCAGUUUGAAGUCAACUAAAACAAAUAAAGGGGGGAAGUCAGAAAAUUCCAGCAAAUCGGGGGCAGCUGGAAAAAAGGCUAAACAAAAUAAUUCUUCACAGCCAAAGGUUUUAGAGUAUGAAAUGACUCAGUUUGAUAAAAGAGGACCUACAGCCAAAUCUGGUACUAGUGCACCCCCUAAACAGACGCCAGCAGAAUCUCAGUGCAAAAUUAUGGUACCUUCAACUCAGCAAGAGAUUGGUCGAUCUCAACAGCAAUUUCUUAUUCAUCAACAAAGUGGGGAGCAGAAGAAGAGAAAUGGAAUAAUGACAAAUCCCAAUUAUCAUCUUCAGAGCAACCAGGUUUUUCUUGGUAGGGUUUCAGUCCCACGGACAAUACAAGACAGAGGGCAUCAGGAAGUGUUAGAGGGAUAUCCUUCCUCAGAGACGGAGUUAAGCCUUAAACAAGCCCUGAAGCUUCAGAUCGAGGGUUCUGACCCUAGCUUCAACUAUAAAAAGGAAACACCAUUAUAAAAGUUUCCUAUUCUGUGAAACAGAAGACAUUGUGAUUGGAGUGGUUCUUCAGCUACUGGAUGAAAACAUAAAAUGCCUGUUGAUUUGCUGAAAAAAAAAAAAGUGAAGAAUGUGAUAUCUGCAGUACAGUUACCUUAAUUACUGUCAUGUGCCUAAAUAGUAAGGCUGCCUUCUCAAUGUAACCCUCUGUGCUUAAAAAAUUUCAUUUUGUGUGCUUUGUAUUCACUACAUAAGAAUAAGCACUUUUUUGAAAAAAAUGCAGAUGUAUACUGCAGUUCCCUGAUAAAAGCUGAAAAAAAAAUUUGCGUAAAGUAUUUUAAGUUAAGAUUUGAUAAAUGUGCAUGUGCCAUGAUCAAAUAUAUACGAAAAGGCAGUGUCCUUUGUAUUUAUUUUAUUUUUUUCUUUUUGUGGCAAAUGAAACUUAAGCAUAUUGUUUCACAUUUGCAUCGUUGUAGUGUAUGGCUUGUUUCUUGUAUCUUUAAAAAUGUUGCUCAAUAAAAUAAAUCAUGCAACUAUUUUAUGUUCAGUACACCUUCGGCAUUGGUUGAAAAUGUGUUUCUAUUUAAUGCCACACUGAAGUGAAAAAUGGUUUCUUGACAGAUUUUUUGAAAAUAAUCCUAGUAUUUUAGGGAGCUGCUCUAAGUAGUUUAAAUAUGGAUUUCCCAUAGAAUCCUCCUGGUCUCUGGCUAAAGAUGAAAAAAAGAAAAAGAGAGGAAAGGAUGAAAGGGAGAGAGAGAGAGGAAAAAACACACUAUAGGCAGAACAAAGUUCUGUUUCAUUCACUGGGAUGCAAUUUCACCUUCCAGUCGCUUGUCAUUCCACCUCCAAGAAGACAGACUAUCAUUUCUGAGGCAUAAAAAUUCUCAGGGACAAAGCCAUGCCUCAGGGCGUGUGUACGUAGAGGGAGAUGCACCUGUCUGAGGGUAGAUUUUUGAUCCCUGCACAAUUCAUCGACUACACUUACCUCAACUGUCCAGUUAAGUACAAUAUAAUUUACCAGUGUCGAUUUUAAUGCUGGCUUUUCUCUCAGUCCUUUCUAUCUUAUAAAUCACUGCAUGACCCAAGUAGCCCCAACUCAAAAAUCAGCGGAAUCCAUUUUAGUGGUUAAUUGGAUAAAUAUUUUUGAUGAAUGUGUAAUAUGUGCUGUCCUUCACAGAUGACGCCAUUAACCUGUCAGUCAUAGCACAUGUGUAUUUUUUUUACUGGUACUUGGUAAACGAUAGUGAUGGAUUUGCACUUUUCUGUCCACAUACUCUUUCCUGUUUUCUUCUUUGGACAAUUGGCUCACAGGAUAACUGGAUGGCAGGGUUAAAGGUGAAGUCUGUGACAAGGAACACAAAGUUGACUGGCUCAGAUGACCAUCGGACCCACGGCCUGGCCUUCUUGAUGGACUAAACCAGUGGAGCUGGCUUAGAUGGGCCGUGUGUAUGUCCGGAAAGGCUGGGAUUUAUUGUUAAGAAGCCAUGGUUCUGAGUCUGAUCUUUGAAUAAGCCUUGUGAAUUUUAGAAAGCCCAGAAAUUCUGUUUCCCAUGUGCUAUUGAUAAGAAAGAGAAAUGAGGAAAGAGAAUUUGGAGAUUCAGCACAACGACAUUGCCACUACCGGAAAAACAACCUUUAGAAAAUGUCUUAGAUAAUAACAGAGGUCAGUACUGUCCUCUUCAUACAUGAAGGGUACAUGGGAUACAUUGUUCACAGGAAUAGAAACGUGUCAUUAGUUGUGAUAAGUGUCUCACUUGAAUCUUCGUGUGAGGCUUUUGUUUUUAUUUUUUAAAGUCAUCAAAACACAUUCUGUUUGUGUCAUCAGUCAUAAUCAGGAAUAGGAGAUAAGGUCAAUCGAUAUUAAGGUGACAUGGCAAUAUUGAUAACUCGAAUGUGAAUGUUUCAAGUAUUGAAUUUUUGUCCCUAUGGGACAUUUAUUAAAUACACUUAAUAGGACUCUUGCAAAGUAGCCUUAAAAGUGUUAAUGAUUCUAUUGAUAAAUAUGAAUACAUACUAUUAUUAGAACCAAUGUUACUCAUAUCUCAAAUACAGUACAUUUACAUUACUGUAGAAGAUGAAGCUCUAAUUUCUUAUUAGGUGUAUUUUUCUUUAGAAAGAGAACCCUGAAAGCUGCCGGUUUUUCUAUUAACCUUGAAUUAUUGGAAUUGUAUUUAUUUAAUUUUAUUGUUUUUUACAAAAAUGCACCUUGUGGCCAAAGGGCAAAGAUAUGACUCAUUACAUAAGGGAUUUAUGUUUUUCAAAGAGCUAAAUGUUUUCGUAUCCAUAUUAUGUACACUUGAAACAGUUGGUAGGAAGAGAACCUGUUGGAAAAAUAUGAUUGUCAAAAGUAAGUAGUCCUCUGGGUGUUUUUAUAUUCAUUGUGUUUUGGAAUAGGACAGAAGAGGUUUUUAGUUAGGAUAAGGAUGAUAAGAGUGCUGGAGAUACCCUGCUUUGCCUACUUGUUUCUUUGGGGAUUUAACAGCAUGACUGAAAACAGCUUUUGCUUCAUUAAGAAGAGUAAAAACUAGUCCCCCCAACUUAAAAUGCCUAAAGAGCUAUUUUAAACAUCAAAAUGCUUCAAUUUUGUAAAUCGCCUGACGUCACUACACGCAUAUGAUGCCGUGUGCUUAUAACUUUUUAACAUUCCGCCUGUGCCCAUUCCCUAAAAGUCAUGAGUUGAUAAUAAGGGAAGCGAUUUAAAAAAAAAAACAAAAAAAACAAAAACAACAGUAAUGAAAAAUUAAAAUCUGAAUGUGUGUAGGAAAGGUUUUGGAAGGAAAACUGACUGGCACUCCGCAUACUGCAAGGUGAUGCCAGUAUCUUUUGUCCUCCUUCCUCACUCCCCACCCCUACUGGAGUCCUUACCAAAAACAAGUCACUACUUAGAAACAGGAGUAGUUUUCUCAUUAUUGUUUGGCUAUGCGAAUGUUCGUUUUGCUUAAUGUUACUCCAUUACACUUCUCAGCAAAUGUAGUUGCAGACAAAUGGUUUCUUUUUAUUGUUUCCUUGGUUUGGGGUAUGUAAAUAGCCUAAAAUGUACAUUGAAUUUCACAUUGUAAAAGUUUUAUUUUAUUCCUUGUAUUAUAUUAAGCAAAAAUCCCUAUGUAUAUGAAAGUGCAUAAUAAAUAUAUUUGCUCUCUA